AUGCAAGAGUACCUCAUCGCUGGCACCAUUACCCGACUUUCACCCCCGGAAGACAUCACUGCAGGGUUCCCGAUGCCAGAAGUUGGUUCAAGAAAAAUACAGGGAUUAGAUGAGGAGCCGACGCCUUGGGAGACAGAGAGUAGUCAAAGUUCAAAGCCAGAUGGCGAAGGAUCUCAAGUAUCACCACCACCAACCAAGGAGAAGAUCGACUCUCCAAAGACCACCGUACAGCAUUCCAAAGCUGCAGCAGAAAAAGGCUCCAGAGCUCCAAUGGUAUCUUCUACAAAGAAAACGAAGGCACCGAUCACCACUAUAACACCACAACCGUCAGAGCAAGACCAUGACGACCUCGACCCGGCCACAGUCAAUGUUCCACCUAAUGUCCUUGCCGCGUUCCGCACUCCUCUCCGUCACAAAACUACCCAUGGGAUUCCUGUCGCCUCACUACAGAUGCGAUCCUACAGUGUACGCAACCUCGAAUUCUACGCUGAUUUUGCUGUGCGCGCUGCGUACUGGCUCGGUUUGCCCUGCUCGGGACCCGUUCCAUUACCGAAGAAAAUUGAACGGUGGACCGUCCCAAGGUCGCCAUUCAUCUUCAAAAAGAGUAAAGAGAACUUCGAGAGAAUCACAAGACGCAGAUUAUUAACCAUCUAUGAUGGCGACCCAGCUGUAGUGGAGAUUUGGUUAGCGUUUGUGCGCAAGUGGCAGUUCUACGGCGUGGGCAUGAAGGCAAAUGUUUGGCAAUUCGAGGGUCUUGAUGUGGCAAAAGGCAUGGACAAGCAAUUUGAAAAUCUUGAGAAGGAGUUGGACGAGAAACUACGACUCUUUGGCUUCAACAAGGCUGCCGCAGGCAAUCGUGACUUGGUGCGGAUGAUGCACAAGCAGGGCGUCAGAGGCCCUGGUGUAGGUGUCACAGACGUCAGGGAUGGGACAAGAGAUCAAGCCGAGCAGACCUUCUUCACGUGA